AUGAAUUCAUCCAGUACACAGACCAGAAAUAUCCAGGCCAAUAAGAAGCCAUUAAAACAGGGCUCUGUGUCGCCCUUUGCAUCUCGACAAAGCGUGUUUCAGUUCGAUACCGGAGGCGUGACAGAGACGUUGAUGGAAUCAAUACCCAAGCUGAGCAGACCCUCGCAGCACGCUAGGAGUCAUAGCCACAACACAGAAUCUAAAACAUCGACCAACUGGACUUCGUUAAUCCCUCCCAUGCCCACGUACCCGUCGCAGGUGGCCCACAAGAGUAAUAACCCGUUUAAUGCAUAUAACCAUCCGAAUCAGAGGCAUAGUAUUGCCAUCUCGCCCAGCCAGCAGAAUGGGAACGGCGGUGCGGAUUUGAAUUUGACGCCAAUCACUCCUCCACCUCACCAAGAUAAGUUUCCAGAGUGGGAUGAGUACAGUCACCAGCGAAGCGUGCUGGCCGGUCAGCAGCAGCAGCAACAGCAGCAGCAGCAGCAGAAACCACCAUAUCAGCAACAGCACCAGUACCAACAGCAGUACUACACACAGCAUCCACAACAAAAGCAGAAUCCUCAAAAUCAACAGCAGCAUCAACAUCAACAACAACAACAAAAACAGCAACCUCAAAAUCAACAACAGCAACAAUUUCAACAGCUGACACGACAAUCUUACUCUCAGUCGCCCAUCCCACAGACCCAACCUCCACAGUUCCAAUUCCAAACUCAGCCACAAGCACAUUCCCAAUCCCAAUCCCAAUCCCAACCCCGUCAAUUGGUCCAAAAUCCCGAUCCAGUAGACGCAAAUAAAAAGGUCACCAGGAAACGUAAGAAGAUAUGUAACAAGUGUGGACUAGAGAUUACAGGGCAGUUUGUCCGUGCCCUUUCUAACGCGUACCAUGUUGAGUGUUUCACCUGUAAUGAAUGUAUGAAGCCUUGUUCAUCGAAGUUCUUCCCAUAUGAAGAAACUGACGUAGAGACUGGAGCCAAAUACCAGGUAGCACUUUGUGAAUAUGACUAUUUUAAGAAGUUGGAUCUUAUUUGUUUCAAUUGUAACUCUGCAUUGAGAGGUCCAUAUAUCACCGCCUUAGGCAAUAAAUAUCACUUGGAGCAUUUUAAAUGUGCAGUAUGUCAAAAGGUAUUCGAAAGCGAUGAAAGCUAUUACGAACACGAAAGCAACAUAUAUUGUCAUUUCCAUUACUCGAAACUUUAUGCGUCUCAUUGUGAAGGUUGUCAUUCUUCUAUAGUGAAGCAGUUUGUAGAAUUGUUUCGGGGUGGAAGGAAUCAGCAAUGGCAUCCAGAGUGCUAUAUGGUCCAUAAAUUUUGGAAUGUAUGCAUUACAGCGGACAGCGUUGGGCUUCAAAGUAAGCUAAGAAUAUCCAACAACCAAACUUUAAAUAUGCAAAACUUGAAAGAACUGGAUAACAUAUCUAGUGAGUUAUUACUAUCAGCCGAGCAACAGAUUGAGAAUAUCGUGAUGAGUUGUUGGUUGAAGUUAUCUGGUUACGAAGAAGUUACUGCUUCGUGUAUAAGUGAUAUGUUGUUGAAUGCUUGUACAUGCAAUCAGAAAAAUGGGUUAGUGUCCACUGGUAAAUUGAUUCUAAAUGUUGAAAUAUUAUUUUCAAGUUUAGAUUUGAUAAGAAAAUUGUGUACGAAAAUAACUCCGGUUGUAGCUGCAAACAACAAUAGCAAUAGCAAUCACAGUGGUACAUCAUCAGGAGAAGAAACGAAUGAGUAUUUCCAAUUACUUCGAAAGGAACCAAGAAAUAUAUCUGGUAAAAUUAUGAGUUAUUUGGCAAUCUUAAGGAAAUCAAAACAGAUAUCUACUUCAGGCAGCUUGUCAGCAGAAUUAUUAUCGGUCAUUACUGGAUGCGCACAUUAUUUAAAGCUAUUGAUUAGAAUUGGGCUUAAUAACGCGCUUAAGGCAAAUAAAUUGCAAGGAUCUACUGAAGCUUCUGAUUUAUUUUUAAAUAGCGUAAGUGGAUUUGAGAAUUACAUUCCUCUGGAUUCUCAAAAUGGAAGUAUACUGGAAAAGGAAGCAUUAAUGAAUAAAAAUUUGUUGAUUCCUUCGAAUGCGACAGAUGCUUGUCACACUUGUCAAAAAAGUAUUGAACGUGAGUGUGUGAAGUUUGAGAAUAAAAGAUGGCACUUUAAAUGCUUUGUAUGUUCUCAUUGUACCAAGACCAUAACUCCUACUGAGGAAAAUUUAACUAAAUGUGGCUUCAAUUCGUUAGGAGGUUUGAUAUCGUGUGAAGAAUGUAUUGUGAAGGAUUCAGAUGCAAAAACUGGAUAUGAAUUAAUUAGUGACUUGACACAAUUAAUUUAUCUAUUGAAAAUUGCUCUUGCACGUUCAAAGUCUGUCAUGGGAGCAGUCACAACAUCUUCUACCAACCAAAAGAGCGGAAGCCUUUCUAAGCAGGGAUCUGGUACCAAUAUGAUGACAAUUGAAGAAGACAAACGAGUUACCACUACUGAAGAGGACUAUUCGAAUACUAUUAAUGAUGUGACAAGAUUAAGGUCUAGAAGACAAAGUCAAAAGUUGUCUAAUUCCAUUAAGCAAAAUGCUAGGAAAUCAGUAAUAGUUGAAGCACCAGAAGCUGAUACAGCAAAAAAAAUGGAGGAAGAUGCAAAUAGUGAUGAAGGAAUUAACAGGAGCAGAAAUGAAAGUUUCUCGUCUCAAUUAUCAUUUACAAACACAAAAGAAAGUGAACAAUUUAAAGUUUCUCAAAAGAAAGAAUUACUUAUUAGAGAUGAACCUGAAAGACAACUUACGAAUAGUCAUCUUGAUCGUACGUCAGAUUUAUUAAAGAGUGAAAAGUCAUUGACAUUGGAUGACAUUCCAAGAAUUGUUGCUGCAGAGCAAGCCAGAGAACAACGUCCAAAUGCAUUCAAGCACCACAAUAGUCUUUAUCAGGGACAACGCCCAAUGCAACCAGUCAAAACUGUUGCAGCCGCUUCUGGUCGUAGCAAUACGGUUGCUACUAACAAGUCCAAUGGAUUUAAAACUGAUCGUAAUAUGAACUCUCCAAUAGUGAUGAAUAACGUAGGUAAUGGAGGAAUUGUUGUCAAUGGCGGUGAUUUCGGCAAGAGGUUGAAAUAUUUCUCUGAAUUGAACAAAUCUGAACACUUCAUCUUGAGACAUAUUGCUGUGGAAGCAUUAAUUCAAAUCCUGAACAACAAAUAUAAUAAAGAGGAAUUAUUGGGAUUGAUCCAAACAAGGAAGCUGCCUACAUUUUGGGACAAAUUUAAGUUUGGAGGCAGUGGAGACAGUGCCAAAAACAAAAAUGGUGCUGGUGGUGUAUUUGGAGUCGAUUUACAAGACUUGACUAAGAAGUAUGGAGUCGAUUCGGAUCAUGGAGUUGGUCCAUCAAAGCUAAGAAUCCCUAUUGUUGUUGAUGAUAUAAUAAACGCCUUAAGACAAAAGGAUAUGUCAGUCGAAGGAAUCUUUAGAUUAAAUGGUAAUAUCAAAAAGUUAAGAGAAUUGACUGAGGCCAUUAAUAAAAACCCAUUGAAGUCACCAGACUUUAGUGCUCAAACAGCUGUUCAACUAGCGGCUUUGAUGAAAAAAUGGUUAAGAGAGUUACCUAAUCCCUUAUUGACAUUUAAUUUAUACGACUUAUGGAUCUCAUCGCAAAAGGAAUCCAAUUUAUUGGUGCAAAAGAGAAUAAUUCAUUUGGCUUACUCAAUGUUACCUAGAAGUCAUCGUAACUUAUUAGAAGUUUUAUUGUAUUUCUUCCUGUGGGUGGCAUCCUUUGCUGAAAUUGAUGAAGAAACCGGAUCUAAAAUGGAUAUUCAUAAUUUGGCUACGGUUAUUGCUCCAAAUAUCUUGUAUUCUAAGCAAGCUCAAACUGGUGGAGGAAGCGCAGAUCUUCCAGGAACACACCAAGGGGAUACUUAUUUCUUGGCCAUUGAAGUCGUUAACCAGUUGAUUGAAAUGCACGAGGAGCUCAGUACUAUUCCAGAAGAUUUAUUAGAAUUUUUCGAGAAGGAAGGUUUUAACAAGAUGUCGGAAGAUGUAUCUACCAAGGAAAUUAUGAAUAGGCUAGAAAAGAUUUGCACUAAUAGCCCACCAUUUUUUGUCUUAAGUUUCAAGGCAGCACAAGCCAAUCCAAAUGGGAAGUAUGAGAAUGAGAUGGUUCAAAAAAACACCAUCUCCAGAGGUCAUUCUGAGCUUGUGCGUGAAUCUCACGGGGAGACUACGAAUGUAUAG